AUGUCAACCCUGGGCAUUACCAACCCUGGAGAGACAAGCUUUAAGCUCUACGAAGGCGAGCAACAAAAUGUAAUCGCUGGCCACCCAGUGGUAUAUAAAUACAUUGCCGGCGACAAUGACCCCUCCAAGCCCCUCGUGGCAUUUGUCCCUGGCAUGGCUCACAAUGGACGCAUCUCCUACGGUGGCCAUGAAGGAUACCGCAGCGAGGAAUUUCUAGCCCAUUGGUUCCAUGAGCAGGGAUAUGGUUUCUUGGGCAUUUCCUACCCACACGACACGGAACGGCCCUUGAUGCCAGCAACUAGUCCCGUUUUUACGAUCCCCGAUUGGGGUGUUCAAACUGCGGGAACAAUCAAGGCGGUGAUUGAAGAGAACCAUCUUCCUCAAAGCGUGGUGAUCUUGGCGUGGAGCAUGGGCGGAAAAGUCCUCCAGCCUGUGGCUGUCGAGGCUAGAAGACUUGGAGUCGAUGUACAGCUCUUUGUUUCCCUAGCAGCUACCCCUUCCCUUCCUGGUCUUCUUCCUGCUGUAUCGAAGGAACAGCUGAAUCAGACAGGCUCGGGCUACCUGAGUCUUCCCUUUUUGAAACAUUUAUUUCUGCAACAGCUUGAUGAGCAGGAAAAAAUCAAUCACCUCACUGAAGGUCGUCGUUUCAUUGAACCUGCCAUCUACGAAAAAGAGUAUUUUGGUGCUACGCCUAUCGGUAUCACAAGAUUUGGAUACCUAUUUGACAAUGAGACGAAGAAGUUUGUGGAAGAAGAAAAUAAGUGGCAAUCGCUGGAAGAUGGCCAGGCACAUGAUUACGGUAGCCUACCUACUAUGGCUGCCAUCUACCCGACAAGUGGGCUCGAUUUUCGUCAUUCCAUCACCGACAAGGCAACAUGGUCCUACCUGAUUAUUCAGCGUGCAAUGGCCAUGCUUGGUGAAGACCAUAGAGUGAAACAGCUCUCCCAAGUCAACGACGAUCUCUCUGCGGAUAAGUUGGCUGCGCAGAGAUCAUCAUUCCAGGAUCUACAGAGGAUCGUCUUGGGGAUCCCGGAGCUUAUGACUGCAGAUAUUCUCGGCAAUCACUUCUUUUUUUGUGGCGAGAGUGGAGCAAAGAGGACAGUUGAAAUAGUAAUUGGGUUCCUUUCUAGUUCGAUUGUUGUCCAGCGAAAUCUUGAAGAUUCGCUCAACGCCUGUAUCAGGGAAUCCACUGCACCGGAUUCAAACACACCAUGA